UAUUAUUUAUUCACAUUUUUUUUCAAUCCAUAAACGGUUGUUCAGAAAUGUUUCGUUAAUUAGACAAAAUAUUUUGAUCACAAUUUUUUUCUACACUUGGGCGUUAAUAAAAAGUGUUAUCCAGGACUUGACCGUAGUAUUAUCGGAUCUCCUGUAUCUCUGAAGAACAAUGUAGCUUCUCACGGUUCCCUGGUCACGCUCAUCCACCUCCAUCAUUGAGCACCGCAAUUGUGUUAUAAAUUCACAUACGAAUUGAAUAUUCGAAUUGUUUGAGUUGAGGUAAAAAAAGGUGAUUACCAGAGUCUGAGGCCACAGUGUAUGCAACUGGAGUUAUGGCACACACUCGUGUUCAGUCUCGUUAUCGACCAGCUUCGUGAAAUAAUCGUUUGUCCCUGGAAUUCCUCAUCUCUCACGACAAAAAAUAAGAGCAUAAAACAGCUAUAAACCAAAAUCGUCAAUACUCACAGAUGUUUUAUGCAUUAAAAUCAAGCAAUCUUAUGUUAUCCUCUUCAUUAUCGGAUAAAUAAACAGAGACAGCCAAUAUGGCACAAUUUGCAUCGAGCCGGCAAGAGUUUAUGACUAGUGAACCUGGAUUGAAUGGUAUUGAGUAUCAAAGAGGCGGCGGUUAUUUCUUGUCUCAUAAGAAAAUCGCUAUCUUUAUUACUGUGAUUUUUCUAUCUCUGGUGGCUGUUGGAUUUAUUGGCGCCUAUGCGGGGGCUAUUCCUCAGAAGAAGGUGUUCGAUGCAACAGCAUUGAUCGCGGAAGACGAAGGCUCGGAGCCGGCGGAUGCUGAUAAAUAUUCCCUGUCAUCCGAAAUAUUUCCCCUUCGAUAUCAUAUCGAUUUGACGCCAAUUCCCACCGACAAUGGUGUCUCGGUGGUGGGUCACGUCAUUGUGCAGUUUCAUUACAAUGGUUCAGCUAGUUUAGAUCAAAUUGUUCUGAGUGCCAAGAGCAUGAGCAUUACCAGAAUGAGAUUAGUAGCUGAUAAUACUGAAAAUGAGGAUAAAGAGAAGAGGAAAAAGAGAGAGGAUAACGUGAAAUUUCCUGAAUCUGAGUUCCUCGGAAAUGGAACAAAAAUAACUGAUAUUGACAUCAGUAAAAAUGAAAUGGAUAACGAGCACGGAAUCUUAAGAACUCAUCUACCAAGAGGGAUAAAGAAGGGAGUUUAUGCCCUGGAAAUAGAUUACAAAGCUCUGGUCGAUAAUCGUACCCUCCGCGUAGCAAAUUUCAGCGAUGAAAGUAGCGACAGAUGGCUGAUGGCGAGUCGAUUAAAACCUGUCAAUGCACGUCGACUCUUUCCGUUGUUCGAUGAUGUGAGAUUGAAAGCUAAAUUCGUACUGUCCGUUGCACACGCCGAGGAUAUUGCUGUCUUGUCAAAUACUCCAGUGAAGUACAGAACUACUUCAUCAGCCGGUCUCGUGAUUGAUACAUUCGAGGAGACUCCCUUAAUAUCCCCCCACAACCUGGUGCUAGUUCAGGGGCAGUUGGUGCCGCUAGCCAAUAUCACAAUGUCCGACAAUACGAGGGUGAUAACAUUCUGGGGUGAGACGAAUGUCAACCUAGAUCCAAGCUACUUGAAGGAAAUGAUUCUACCAGUUCUGAACAGCUUCAUGGAGCUGUUCGAUUUUGAUUAUCAUAUGCCAAAGCUUGAUAUCGUGUGUGUUCCGUUUAUGGAGAAUUACGGAAGUCCCGGAUUAAUAACAAUCAUAGAACCACUUUUCAAUGCGACGAGUGUGUCACCAGGAAUAACGAGAUAUGAAACCCUCCAAACAUUGAUUCGUCUAGUUGGUCAACAAUGGCUAGGUGGAUUAGUGAAUUCCCAGAAUUGGACUGAUGUCUGGAUCCUCGAGAGCUCUCUCACCGAUCUCCAACACUCGUUAAUUCCCAAAUUAGAUCCAACAUUUAAUCACUCCACGUUCAUCCUGGAUGUUCAAUUGGAUGCGUUUGAAGCCGAUGGUUACACUGUAUCGCAGUCAUUGCAGUCCAAGGUCAAUCCAACAUACUUGGAGGCAUUUCAUCCGGAUGAAUUGUAUGACAGAGGUGCAUGUCUGUUACGCAUGUUGCAUGGAGCUUUAAGGAGAAACGAGUCGUGGAUUGGAUACAGGAAAUUCGUUCACAGGUGGGCAAAUGGAAAUGGAGAUGUUGCUUCAUUUCUGGAAGCAAUGACUGAAGAUUCUGAGAAUAUUCCACAGGGAAUUAAUGUCAUCGCUGCGAUGAAUUCAUGGAUCAGUAAUCACGGAUAUCCAGUUUUGAAUGUUCAAAGGGACUACAGUACUGGUUCUGCCAAGGUUCACCAGGAGCGCUUCAGCUUCGAUAAUUUAACAGCCGAAGCGGAAAUUCCGUGGUACUUACCACUCUCUUGGAUCACAGAAAACGAUAACUGGUCGUCACCCUCAUUCACGUGGCUGGAAUCGGCGGAAAUAAAAAUCGAUAAAGUCGGUAAUCCCGAUGAAAAAUCGUGGGUGAUAUUUAACGUUAAUUCCACGGGAUACUACAGAAUUAAUUACGAUCCCGAUAACUGGCAAUUGAUUGCACGCGCAUUAGAAGAGAAUCCCACCGAAUUUCCUUCACCGGUGAAAGCCUCUCUGAUAGACGAUGUACUGAGCUUGGCUUUCGUUGGCUCUACAUCUUACGAUACGGCUUUCAGUCUGAUCAAUUACAUGAGAAAUGAGAGCCAACCCGAGCCUUGGACGGCACUCAUGCGUCACGCCAUGAAACUUAAUCUUGUGUUGUAUGAUACAGCGAUAUAUCCGAAAUAUCAGGAAUACAUGAAAGAAUUGACAUCGAAUUUUUACGAAAAGGUUGGCCUAGACAUAAAUCACGGCAGACGUCUGACACUAGUAGCACACCAAUUAGGAUCAACCUUUGGUAUACCAGAGUAUCUGACGUGGGCAAAGGAAAGUGCCGAAGGCCUGAAAAGCUCACUAGAAUGGGAAUCUCGUCAUCUAAUACCCUCGUAUUUACGCGAGACUCUACUCUGCACCCUGGCGGAUGAGCUUGGAUGGCAGUGGUGGCAGCAGAAAUUAGGAAACAUCACGAAGCGCGACGAUGACAGAAAUUCAUUCCUAUCGUCUCUGGCCUGUUUCCAAGUGCCCUGGAUGUUGCAGGCGGUAUUGAAUGAAAUUGUUAAGGGUGAGGUCUUCGAAGAGGCUGAGACGCUCGUUAUUUUGAGAGCAUUCGACAAGCAUCCCGUUGCUGCUGGUGUAGCCUUUCAAUUUGUACAGAAAAAUUGGGUGGAUAUUGUUAAAAAAUUUCACAAGUCAUAUCCAAUACUCAGGGCUUUUAUAGGGUCAGUAGGUAGUGGCUUCACGAGUGAAAAGGAUCUGUCUGACUUUGUGGAAUUUCGAGAGGAUAACUACGAGAGUCUGAAACCUGUGGGAUACAUCACAGCGUUUGUGGAGGCCAAAGGAAAUUCCUGGGUAUCCUUCCUUAACACAUCCUUUGUGAACUUCGAGAAGACGAUGGAAAGAAUGCAAUAGUUAUCUGCCUUAUGCAACAAUCUCAGUACUUAUUAAUUUACUUUUAACUCGGUAUGUAACAAGUGCGGAAACCUAAGAACAAUUGUGAUGUCUGUAAUAUUAAAAUCAUGAAUAAAAUUGCGACUCAUUCCAUUAUUCUGUCACAACGAA